AUGGAGCUAGGGGAUAGAUUAAUCAUUUCGAAGCCGUUGUUUAUUUCAGAAGCUGCUAAUCCACGUUGUGGGUAUUGCAGGGGUUGUAAGCCUGCAUACAAUAAUUUCCCUACAGAUUCGUGGUAUGAGUUACAUAAAGAACAAAUUUCACAUAUAGAGCUGACCACGGUGACGGUCGGUUUGCAGGUGGAGUUGCUUCCGGUGAAUAUUUAUGAUGAACUUUGUAAUAUGGGGUUUAGGAGGUCAGGGAACUUUCUUUAUAAGGCGGAUUUGUUGAGGAACUGCUGUAGAUUGUACACAAUUAGAACAGCAGCGUCUCAUCUUAAGCUUUCAAAAGAACUAAAGAGUUGUAUCAAGAAGUUUGUGAAACGGAUAUCCAAUUCAGCGCCGGUUGGUUCUGCUAAUAGCACAGGUAGUGUGGGCAAUGGGGAUGGGUGCUCUCGCUCUAGUGGUGGUAAAGGGCAUGGUGCAAGACGUUCGGGAGGUCAAUUAGGUUCUAAGGUUGAAGUUGGUGGGGCGACAGAACGUACAGCAUACCAGUUUAUCAGUGAUAUAGUGGAGAGCGAGCUGGCGAGCGAUACCUUCUACACUCGAUUUGAGCCUGCUUUAUUUACUCAGGAGAAAUACGAACUAUUUGUGCAAUACCAGGAGAAGAUACACAACGACCAUAUCACUCAUCCGCAUCAGUUUAAAGACUUUCUAUGUGCAUCUCCGUUUCCCGAAGACGUGAUUUUAGGUACUUCAGAAGAGUGGGAGGAGUUGAAUAAUUGGAGACAUGCGAAAAGGGGUCAGAAAUUCAAGCGAUUCGGCCCUGUGCAUGAGUGCUACUACUAUGAAGGAAAGUUGAUUGCCCUAGCGGUUUCUGACUUUUUGCCAAGUGGGAUCUCAUCGGUAUAUUUUAUUUGGGAUCCGAAUUACAGCCAUUGGUCACUUGGGAAAUUGAGCGCUCUAAGAGAGAUAGCAAUUACUGAAAUGCUCAAUAGAAAUUAUUAUUACUUGGGUUAUUAUAUCGAGGAUUGUCCCAAGAUGAAAUAUAAAGCCAAGUACGGUGGCGAGAUAUUGGACGUUUGUAACAAUCAAUAUGUCCCCUUACAUCAGUUACAAGAGUACAUUAGCAAUGGGAAAUUCUUUGUGUUAGAAAAUGAUAGAGAGGGGAAUAAUUAUUCCGACGAGGAGGAAUUUGAGGAGCACACUGAUGAAACUAGACCCUUGAGUGAAUUGCCACUGGAUAGUAAAUAUAUUUUGGACACCUCAAAACCUCUUCGUAAUAUAGUUGAACGAAUCUACGGAGAGAAAGGCGGAGCUGUACAUGCUGCUAACGACGCAGUUGACAAACUCAUUGACCUGGGUGUUGCCUAUACACCACAACUGAUCAAUGACCUAUACUCUCAGAAAUUUAUAGCCCCGACGGACGCCCUGGGUGAUCGUUUUACAGAUGAAAUCUACAAUUUACCGAACGUGGUCCCCGGUUUGGUCCCUCUAUGGGAAAUCCUAAAAACUAUAAAAAGUGGAGAUAUUAACCAUUUGAACGGGAAACUAAUGAUAUAUGAUACCAGAGCUGGUCAAGUCCGGGUACUAAAACACUUUCAGCAAGAAUCUCCCCAAACCAAAAGAUACAUCUGCAAUGUAAUCAGACUAAUAGGCUUAAAAACUACAGCCAGUUCGUUAAUCAUUAUAUGA